AUGGUUGACGCUAUUAAAACCAAACAAGAGUUCACUGAUGCUUUAGCACACGACGGUUUAGUCGUUGUUGAUUUUUUCGCUACUUGGUGUGGUCCAUGUAAAAUGAUUGCUCCAUUAUUGGACAAAUUUGCCAAAGAAUAUGCCACUGCUAAAUUCAUAAAAGUUGAUGUUGAUGAAUUUGGUGAAAUUGCCCAAGAAUACGAAAUUUCUUCUAUGCCAACUGUUUUAUUCCUCAAAGGUGGUGAAGUUGUUACCAAAGUUAUUGGUGCCAAUCCUCCAGCUUUGAAACAAGCUUUAGCUGCCAAUGCUUAG